ACAUCGACCAUGCACAAGGCAACUAGUGUGUCUAAGGUCGAGAAUGUUCUUUCUCUUUGUGGGCGAAGAUCUUUGGAAAGUAACUUUUUGUUGUUUUCCAUCUUUGGGACCAGAUGAGAUUCCGGUGGAGUUUUGGAAGCAUGCGGGUCGUGGUGCGUGGGUUUGGUUAACCAAACUCUUCAAUGUCAUCUUCCGAACAGCAAGGAUGCCGGAUGAGUGGAGGGAGAGUCUCUUGGUCCCCCUGUUUAAAGGCAAAGCUGACAUCCAGAGCUGCGAGAAUUACAGAGGCAUCAAACUGCUUAGCCACACCAUGAAGGUAUGGGAGCGAGUCAUUGAGUAUAGGGUGCGGAAAGGGGUAUGCAUCUCUGAGAACCAGUUUGGUUUCAUGCCUGGCAGAUCGACUACAGAGGCCAUUCACCUCGUGAGGAAGUUAAUGGAAGAGUAUAGGGCUAGGAAGAAGGACCUUCAUAUGGUGUUCAUUGAUCUCGAGAAGGCGUACGAUAGGGUGCCAAGGGAGGUCUUAUGGAGGUGCCUUGAGACGAGAGGAGUUCCCAUCGCGUACACUCGCGCGAUCAAGGAUAUGUACGAUGGGGCUAUGACUAGGGUAAGGACCUUCGGGGGCGACUCUCAGUCAUUCUCGGUAGGGAUGGGGUUGCACCAGGGGUCUGCCCUUAGCCCUUUUUUGUUCGCCUUGGUGAUGGACGUCCUAACUCAAGGUGUGCAAGAAGGGGUCCCAUGGUGCAUGCUUUUCGCGGAUGAUAUUGUGCUUAUCGACGAUACACGUGAGGGACUAAACGAUAAAUUGGAACGAUGGCGCCUUGCCCUUGAGACUAAAGGGUUCAGAAUAAGUAGGAACAAGACUGAAUACAUGGAGUGUCGUUUCAGCAGCAGGGAAACAGAAUCAGAGGUGGAAGUUAGGAUUGACUCUCACCUAGUACCUAAGGUAGACAGGUUUCGAUAUCUUGGCUCGGUAAUCCAGGCUGAUGGGGAGUUAGACGGGGAUGUUGGACAUCGUGUUGGAGUGGCUUGGGCCAAAUGGCGGUUGGCUUCAGGGGUAUUGUGUGACUCGAAGAUUUCGCCCAGGAUGAAAGGCAAGUUCUACCGAUCCACAGUCAGACCUGCUAUGUUAUAUGGGGCAGAGUGUUGGGCGGUUAAGAAGACUCAUGUGCGUCGUGUACAUGCGGCGGAGAUGCGGAUGUUACGAUGGAUGUGUGGGAAGACAAGGUUGGAUAGGAUUUCGAACAAAGUUAUCCGACGUCAGGUAGGCAUGGCGCCGGUGGAAGUUAAAUUGCGGGAAGCGAGGUUAAGAUGGUUUGGUCAUGUGAGACGGCGGGAUGCUGACGCCCCUGUACGGAGAUGUGAGCGGAUUACGGUUAUCGGGGGAAGUAGGGGAAGGGGUAGACCUAAGAAGAAUUGGAAGGAGGUGAUUAGACAUGAUUUAGGACUUCUCACCCUGACUGAGGAUAUGGCUUUAGAUAGGAACCUUUGGAGAACUAGGAUUAGAGUAGCUAGUUAGGAACUUGGUGCUACAGAGGUUUUUUGUAGUGUGUUGUGUUUGAUUGGAAUCUUCUAUUAAUGUUUGUAGAACUUUCUUUUCAUUGUAUUUGGUGUUUUACCCAUGCUAUACUGUGUACCCUAUCAUAUUUUUUGUGCAGGUUGAGCCGGGGGUCUCUUGGAAACAGCCUCCCUGCUUCCGAGUAGGCAAGGUCUGCGUACACACACCCUCCCCAGACCCAACUGUAGUGGGAUCCAACUGGGUUGUUGUUGUUGUUCCAUCUAAACAAUAAGUACAAGGAUCAAAU